AUGUUCGAUACCGAUUAUCGAAUGAAAAACGUUGAAAUCUUUUUAAAGAUAUUAAACGAAUUCUUUAACCAGGAGAAUGGUAUAACGUAAGUAACGGAAAACUUAAAAAUUCCUGAUCUGGGGGGUUUUUCGCAACUGUUGACAGAGAAACGACCAGAAGUAUGUCGGUUUUUCUAUUAAAUCCCUGUUCUCUAUUUCUGAUGAUGGAGGAAUUACAAAAUUUAAUAACGUUUUUGUUCUUUACAAGCUGUUUGAGCAUCAAGCAGAGCGAAAUAUCGAACAACGUUGAAUCGCUCGGUCGACACUUUCACACUUAGUUUGAGACGCGGUAAAUGACAGGCUAGAUUGGUUGUCUGUCCGUACCGAGGAAAUCCUACGAUUUCUCUCACCAAAACAGUUAUCGCGGUUUCUGUUGAACGCUUCGAACUUAUCUUGUUUAAUAAGACGGAUGAGGAUGUCUCUGCGGUUGGGGGGUUUGGCUUGCAGGAGAACUGAGCAAAUUCCUAAGACGCAAAAUGUCCAACACUUCCGACUAAGCUAAAUGACUCCUACAAUUCUUUGGUGGGGAAUUUUCUCCGACCCGUUAUCCUUGGACUUUAUUAUGACCUUUUGGAUACAGAGUUCCCGAAAUUUCUGGUUCAACUAUAUAAGGGGAUCUUGACAAACGAUUGUCUUUCAUGCCUUCGGCUCUUGCUGUUUGAAUGUGUUCAUUUGCGAAAUCAAGAGAGCGCACUUUUCGGUGACCGUAGUUAUGGCAGCCGCGUCUGCUUGCUUGAAGGCCUUCGAGUUCGAAGUCUUUGGAAGAGUACAAGGUAACAGCAAAAUUAUGUAACCGCUCCGCAGGUGUAUUUUUCCGAAAAGUAGGCAUACCGCAAAUUUUAACAAAAUAACACUGUGUAGUAUACCGCUAUGACUGCACGCGAAAAUAAUAUCGUUGGUUGGGUUAAAAACACGUCUACUGGGACCGUAGUUGGAGUUGCCGAAGGCCCCGAUUCGAAAAUGGACGUAUUGUAAGAUUAUAGCUUCUAAUCCGCAUCUUUAGUAAAAACUGGCUUAAAACAACUGGAAGCCCGAAAUCGCGCAUUCAGAAAUGCGAAAUAAAUAAAGAACGUUCAAUCACUGCCCUCAGCUUUACAUCUUUUGAUAUAAUAAGAUAG